AAUAUCAUCACGGCGCAGUCGACGCCGCGCUCGAUCUCGCCAUGGACGACUUGGCGGGUCUCCGGCGCCGGCGGGCGGCGCAGUGGGAGGCUUCGAAGGCCGAGGCCGCGACCUCCGAGGCGGAGGCCGAGGCCCGGGAACCUUUGACGGGGUCUCUAUGCCAAGCUCCGGGGGCAAGCCCAAUGUCUCACAAGCGACAAAUGCGGAGACAGACGCUCGCCGGGAAAGCGAGGAGCGGUGCUGCCGGAUUUGCUUCGACUCGGAGACUUCCGCAGAGACUGGGCGGCUCUUUAGCCCCUGUCGGUGCCAAGGCAGCAUGCGCUUUGUCCACGUGAGUUGCCUGAACAAUUGGCGGGCCGCCUCUUGCAACGAGAGGUCGUACUACAGCUGCGACGCUUGCCACUACGAGUAUCGACUGCAGCGGCUUUGGGUGGCAGACGUCCUCCUCUCUGCAGGCUUUCAGCUGGCCGUGAACUUGGGGCUCUUUGCGCUCAGCGCGCUGCUGGGUGGAGUGGCUUGCUACCACUUGGCGCCGCAGGUGCUAGACCUCGCGCUGGACCAGCUGUACCUUCCACCUGUCCUGCGCUUCCUCUUCUCGCGAGCUGGCGCGGACCAGACAAGCGGCAACGCGGCCUGCUGGCGCGAUGGGUACACCUUUGAGGCCUGCUGCGGGCGGGGCGCGCCUGGUAAUCCCGCCUGCUGGGAUGAUCGGCACAGCUGGGAGUCUUGUUGCGAGGUGCCCGCGCUCCUGAAUGCAGCCCGGACCUACCUCGGCUAUUUGCUGCGCGUCUUGUUUUGCGGAGGUCUGGGAUUGGGAGUGCUGGGCUUCGGGCUGUACCUGAAGCGCAGCUUGCAAGAGCUGCACGGCACAGGCGGCAACUGGCAAAUCUUUCUGUUCGUGGCGUACCUCUCUACCUUUGGGCAGGCCUUGGCGCGGCUGGUGGUGUUGCUGGGCUGCGCUGUGGCCUGGCGGGAGCUGUUUCUGCAGCUCCAGUUUCACUGCAAGCGCCUUAGCGGAGAGCUGGGGGAGCGCAUCCUGGAGGUGGCGUGAGGUGAGACGAGAUCGAAGGAGAA